AUGGUCACCCUUUUCCACACUGCGCCGCGGCGUCUGGACGCCAAAGUGGAUUAUGUAGUAUGGUUCAAGCGCCCGGAGGAUGGCGACCAGGGUUCAGAGGAGCCUCACCCGUCCACCUCUCUUUCAGUCCCAUCGGAGGGUUCGCCGUUGGCUGUUAGUAAGUGUGUCAUUGGACUUGACAAGCGAAAUCUGUAUUACAUACAUGAGCUGAAGGGAAUCCUGAUUCUACGAAUACCUACUCUGGAAUCCGGUAGAUACCCGAGGCAUCGUGAGUGCGGGACCGCUUCGCAUCCGUCUAGCAAUGUUAGUGGAGUGGAAUUGGGGUGCAAUUACCGUGAUGGCAAUUUAGAUGAAGUCCUUGACGGUUGGGCAACACGGUCAUUCCCUCCGCGUUUAAAGCGCCUGUUCCUCAAAGUGGGAUGGACGGAUAUCUUAGGUCGAUCCCCGCACCAGGCAACCCCUGGCCCUGGCGCGCGGUGGGUGUGGCUGACACCUGCUGUAGGGGCGCGUAAUAUCUAG